AUGUCGUCCACAGAAUGGCCGUUCGAACGCGUCUUGCCCGACGGUUCCGUCGAAUUCGAAGGGAUCGGAGUCAAGUGUAAAUUCAACGAGGAGUUCAGCUCACGAACAAAAUGCAUCGCCUCCCCUUUACGACGCAAAGAAGCAGUGGAAGCGGCAAUCAGAGCAAGAAAAUCCUGUCAAGCACUGACCACCAAGAUCCACGCUUCAUUACCGCUCGAGCUCCGCAACAUGGUAUAUGCGUAUAUCGUUGGGCCGAAAGCCCAACCUUGUGAGCUGGAUGGUAAGCGUCAUGUAUACGGCAGCAAAGUGCGCAUCGGAAGAUUCGAUUCGAACUGGUGGGUGAACGAAGAAGAAUGCGCACAUGUGCAGCCCAAAUCCUGGGCUAUGGACCCUGCAUACUUUGGAACGCAGGUCGCGCAAGAGCUCGCCGAAGUGUAUUACACCACCAACACUUUCUACAUCACGUCGGAUGAGAAUAUGAGCAAGUUGUUCCAAGCAGACCCUUUCGCACUUGGCAUAAAGCCAUACGAGCUCAUCCUCAAGUUCACGCUUAUGCUCAACUUCUACGAAACCAAACUAGAGAGCGAGGAUGAACUGAUGGCUAUGCACAAGAACCUCCAGUUGCUCCAGCUUUUGCCUACAAAGCGAAACCACGAGAUUUGCAUUCGCCUUGAGACAUCAUUCCAUCCGUCAGGGAACAAGCCCUAUUCUUAUUCAAUGGAGGACAGCCGGGUCAUGCUCAAUAUUCUUGAGUUGCUGAGGCAGCCUGUGUAUGACCUGUUGCAUAGAGGCAAAGCGAUUCGAAUCUUCCAAGCAAAUCUCGACCACAUGGAUCCUACGAGUUCGAGGAAGAUCAGUGAUGUCUCUGUGAGAUACUUGAUCAACCCCAAGAAAGGGGGCGGGUAG